AAUAAGAUCUCGCAAUGACGCCACUUUGAUCAAGAGUAGCCCUCUUCUAGAUCUCAUACAUCUAAGAAUUAUAUGAGAGUACAAUCGAAUUUGCCAUUCUAGAAAAUAGAAAGAUUAGAUUUCUGAACUAUCUUUUAUACAAUACUAGAACUCGCGCAUAUACAGGCUCUGCAGAAAACCAUAUUUAUCGGGGGCAAAAAUAAAGAUAUGCAGGGAACAGCGGCGAUGUUGCCAUCGCGGGAAGGCUGGGGCUUUCCGUAGGGGAGGAGCCGCUGGCAAUGUCGAUGGCGCCUCUUCCUUCAUCGCUAAUAAUUUCAGAGCGGGAGACGCCAAUAUACGCUUUGCCGUCCUUAAGAAAGGCCAAUCAACUUCUUCUGGAGAUUUCCGGACUCGCACCUAGACUCUUAGAGGUUUCCAGUAACAAGGCAUCAUGGUUGGCAGCUUACAGGGGUUCAAUUCUCACGUUCCUGCAGGGAUCCUGCAUUCCCCCUGAAGCAGCCAAGGCCACGACUACAAAGGAGAUAUUGUCAAUACUUGAGUCCCACCAGGUUCUGCUAGAAGAAGCUGUUAUGGAGCUACAUGAUAUACAAAAGAUUGAGCAAGAAAAACAUAGGAUUUCCCAAGAUAUUGCCUCCAAGGAUUCUGCAAUGCGUGCCUUUGCAAGAAAAUUGAGAGAUGCUCAACAGGUUUUGGACCAAACCCUAGAAGAUUAUGGGAGUUACAAGAAAGGAAAGCGAGCCAAAACAUCAGACUCAAGUGUAGAUGAUCUUGUGGGUCUUGGUGAUUUGAAAGUGUCUGAGAUUAUAAGCUAUGCCCAUCAAAUAAGCUACACAACAUUUGCACCUCCAGAAUUUGCUUCUGGACAGGCUCCACUCAGAGGUGCAAUACCACCUGCUCCUCAGGAGGAGCAAAUGAGAGCCUCACUGUUGUAUCAAUUUGCAGACCUUGAUGUUGGAAUUCCGAAAGAAACAAGCACAGAGGCAUUGCCUGUUACAAUUUUGGAGCGUCCUCCAGAGUCCAUGACUGACAAUCCUAUAUUGCCAGAGGUUAUACCUGGUGUGCCUGUGCCAGCAAUGCCACCUGGAUGGAGACCGGGAAUGCCAAUUGAAUUGCCACCAAUGCCACCUAUGCCACCUGGAUGGAAGCCGGGGGAUCCAGUUCCAUCACCACCUCCUGGUUGGAAGCCUAGAGAUCCUGUGGUAUUUCCAAAGCCACAAGAGCAAAUGCAGGUGCCACCAAAGCCAGUCGCUCCUUCCAGGCCCAUUGCAGAAGCUAUUCAAGUGCCAUUCGUGCAACUUGAUAUCAAUCCUGAUAACAUGGCAGAUGAGUACAGCAGUGAUUACUCUACUGAAGAAGGUAGUUCAGAGGAAGAGGAUGAGGAUUGAGAGUAAGAAUUUCCUUUCUUCUGAGGUAAAUGUCAUGUUGGUUCUUUGUUGCUGCUAUUUCAAAAAGACAAUGACGAGUACGACCAAAGACAAUGGGAUGUAAAAAUCAGAUGCACUUUUUCUUGUAUUAAUGUCUUUGCUCAAUUUUGUGAAGAAUAGCUUGUCUGUAUUUAGAACAGUACAAGGAAACUAUUCCCAAGAAUGUUCUUGAUUUAUUUGUUUGUCAGGAAGAUUUGUUCUCUUUAGUCAAAAUUCUGAAAUAUGGUUCUAAUUAUAUA